UUUUUAAAGGGCAUGAAGUGCCAGUACAAUGGGGAAUGGGUUAAAACUGAGAGUAUGUUUAGCUAAUCUAAAGGAAGCUAUUUAGCUAAUCUAAGAUAUUAGGAAAGAAAAAUCAUUUUCUGUGAGAUUGGUGAGGCACUGGAAUAGGUUGCCUAGAGAAGCUGUGGAUGCCCCAACCCUCAAGGUGCUUAAGGCCAAGCAUCGGUGCAAACUGGUGUAGUGGAAGGUGUCCCUGCCCACAACAGGGCUGUUGGAACUGGAUGAUUCUUAAGGCCCAGUUCAACCCAGGCCAUUGUGUUAUUUUAUGAUCAGACAGAGAUGUGAUGAGCACAGAUGCCAUGAAUGUCUCUCUGCAAAGCUGUGUGUAAAUCGAUUGCUACCUCAGUUAUCAGUAAUGGAGUUGCAAAUAUUUCAUGCUAGUUUGGGAUAUUUACAUGGUUGCAUCUUUUCAAGGAGUGGCUGUCCGCAGCCUCAGCACAUCCUCCCCUCAUGAUCACCCAGAACAUGGAAGAUUAGUUUAUAAAGGAAAUUUGGCAAAGACAGUGUUGGGUGUGAAGUUUUUCUCUUACUCCACGAGCAUAUUCAACCUGCUCAUGAUGCCCUACAUCAUGCUCAAAAGUGGCAUUGGAGUGGAAAGUUUGCUGGUCCAAGCUGCCUUUUAUGGGCUGAUCGGGAUUUUUACAUUUGUAACUCCGGUUACUUUGCAUCUCCUUACAAAAGGUUAUGUGAUCCGGCUCUAUUAUAAAGAUGAAGUGGACACCUAUACAGCCAUUACCUACAAUGCCAUCUUGGCAGAAAAAGCAACUGUUUUCCAUCAGAAAGAUGUAAAGAUUCCAGACAUCUCCAAGAUGUUUACAACAUUUUAUGCUAAAACAAAGUCAAUGCUUGUUAAUCCUACACUUUUCCCAAAUCCUCAGGAUUAUAACCAUCUCAUGGGCUAUGACAAAUCCUCAUUUUUUAAAUUUGAGGAUUUAGAGGCAGUAAAGGAAGCUGAUGAAAGGAAAUAAUUUGAAGAUAAUGUCAGUAUCAUUGUCCAUAAUGCAGUACUAUGUAUGUGAAAGAAUGUAAAAAUCUAUUACAUUUGCUUAAGUAUCCGGUAGCUGGAGGUUUCCAUAUGCAUUUUGGAAUGUAUAAAAAGAGACACUUUUAAAAAAUACUGCAAACAAUGUGAGGAUUUCUUUAGAGUUAAUGACAUAAAAUAUAGUAAAAAAAGGA